UCUUUUUCCUCACUAUCUCCCUGGCUCUCACCCCAUCCCCCUUAAGUUUAUUGUGAGGGAGUGUGUGUGUGUGACUGUGCUUGAAAGGGAGUAUAAGGGAAUAUAUGCCUGAGAGAAUGUGAGUGCAAAUGUGUGUGUAUGAGAGAGGGUCUGCUUGUGCAUGUGUUGUGAGAGAGUGAAAGUGUCAAGUAGUAUGUGCAUGUGUGAGUGUGUAUGAGAGAGGGUCUGUGCGUGUGUGAUUGUGUGACAGUGAUUAUGUCAAGGAGUAGCUGCCUGUGCGAGAAUGUGAAAGUAUGUGUGCAUGAGAGAGUCUGUGCGAGUGUGUGUCAGGGAGUACAUGUAUAUGCAUGCGUGUCUGUUAGAGUGUAUAGUGUGGUGGGGUCACCUGUAAUGUAACAUGAAACCAAGAUCCCGGUUGAGGCUGUUCUGAAUGAACAAUGAACCUUCUCCAGAACAGUCCGCAUCAUAAUCGUAGCUCGGCCCCGCCCCUCUUUCAUUCCGAUUGGCUGGAGGACCAGUGAUCUGGCUCAGACCUCCAGCCGCGCCACCCACCUUCUCUUGGCUGGGAGCUGAGCAUGCGUUAUACGAGGCUUAGGGCUGAAACAUCGCAGUGCCGGCGAACUGGUCUGCCGGGUGAGUGGAGCGGACAGGCGCCGGUGAUUCUGUUGGACGGCAACGCUCAAAGUUCGCAUAAGAAACUCCAGAUUCGGCGUUUGUCAGUUGCAGGUUUGCCUCAGACAACAGGCCCCGAGUUAAGGGCUUGUGCCCGAAACGUCGAUUUUACUGCUCCUCGGAUGCUGCCUGAACUGCUGUGCUCUUCCAGCACCACUGAUCCAGAACCCGAGUUAACGGCCGCCGGGGUUGAGAGCGCGCACAUAGCCGCCAUCUUUAAUGAGAGCACGGCUCUGCAGAACGCAUGCGCGGCACCGAGCGUCAUGGAAGCUGGCAAACCCGGAUGAAGAGCCCAGUGAAACAAUGAGAGAUUUUUCCCACACUCUGUUGUAAAGCUUGAGGCGACAACAACAACAACUUAUAUUUUAAUACCGCCUUAGACAUAAUAAGCCAUCCCAGUGCAUUUCACAGAAAAGAGGAUGUUAGAAAGAGAGAAUUUGUUGAUUGGAAACCUGAACUGUACAUCACACCAAGAUCCGAGAAGUCACUCAAUUCAUCAGCACCUGAAUGUUACAUGCACAGAUACUGGGCACUGAUACCUGAAUGGAAAGAGUUUACUGGUUUCACAACCUGAGAGUGUGUGUGAAAGAACUUACUGUGGAAAGAGAUUUAUAAAGUUAAAGUCAGAGAGAGAGAGAGAGAGAGACAAGAGGGGGUGGAAUUAACCUGAGGGUCACUGUGCCUCAAGUGAGAAGCAAGAUUAAGAAAAUGGGAUUUUCAUGAUAACAUCAAUUAGUACAGGAAUUGAACCUGUGCUGUUGGCAUCUCUCUGCAUCAAAAAUCACAUGGUACAGGACACCCAGAAAGAGUUUUAGCCAGUUUAACACAACACCGUGAAAACAUCACACCACAGUGGGGUGAAACCUGUCCUGUACCUGACCAAAGCUCGAGCUUAUAUUUCAACUAGGAAAUCCACAAGGAUUUCCUGCAUCAUGGAGAAACCUUGGAAAUGUGAGAACUGUGGGAAGGGCUUCAGAUACCCAUCCAGGCUGGAAUAUCAUCGACGCAGUCACAGUGGGGCUAAUACUGUGGAAAAACGAUGGAAAUGUGAGGAUUGCGGAAAAGGCUUUGAUUAUCCCUGUCUGCUAGAAACCCAUCAACGCAUUCACAGUGGGGUCAGGCCAUUUAUCUGCUGUGUGUGUGGAAAAGGAUUUACAAACUCAUCCAGCCUCAUGUUACACCAGCAAACUCACAGUGAUGAGAGGCCGUUCAUUUGUUCAGUGUGUGGGAAGGGGUUUGCUAAGUCAGCGAACCUCAUGUUACAUCAGCGAAUUCACACUGGGGAGAGGCCAUUCAACUGCAUGUACUGUGGAAAGAGGUUCAGGCAGUCAUCCGCCCUCUCUGCACACCAGCGAAUUCACACUGGGGAGAAGCCAUUCACCUGCUCAGUAUGUGGGAAGGCAUUUGCUCAGUCAUCCAGUCUCCAGUCACACCAGCAAAUGCACAACAGGAAGAGACUAAUCAGUGACACUUGCUGCAGAAAAAAGUUGUUGAAGUCUUCAGCUAACCCUAUGUCAUACCAGCAAGAAAAAACUGGACAGAGACCAUUCACCUGCUCCAUAUGUGGGAAGGGAUUUACUCAGUCAGCCAGCCUCAUGUCACACCAGAGAAUUCACACCAAACAGAUGCCAUUCAGUUGUACUCACUGUGGGAAGAGAUUCAGAUCUUCAUCCAACCUCAGUGCACACCAGCGAAUUCACACUGGGGAGAAGCCAUUCAUCUGCUGUGUGUGUCGUAAGAGAUUCACUCAGUCAUCCAACCUGGUGGUACACCAGCGAAUUCACACUGGAGAGAGACCAUUCAUCUGCACUGAGUGUGGAAUGGGAUUCACUCGGUCAGCAAGCCUCAUAUUGCACCAGCGAAUUCACACUGAGGAGAAGCCAUUCAGCUGCACUCACUGUGGAAAAAGUUUCAGGCAGUCAUCCACCCUCACUGAACACCAACACACACACACUGGAGAGAGACCAUUCAUAUGCUCUGAAUGUGGGAAGGGAUUCACUCGUUCAGCCCGCCUCAUGUCACACCAGCGAAUUCACAAUGGAGAGAAGCCAUUCAGCUGCACUCACUGUGGAAAGGGAUUCAGCCAGACUUCCGACCUGACUGCACAUCAGCGGAUUCACACUGGGGAAAAGCCAUUUAUCUGUUCUGUGUGCAGCAAAGGAUUCACUCAUUCAUCUGGCCUUUGGUCACACAAGCGAGUUCACACUGGGGAGAAGCCAUUCAUUUGCACUGUGUGUGGCAAAGGAUUUACUCAUUCAUCUGGCCUUUCAUCACACAAGCGAGUUCACACUGGAGAAAAGACAUUCAUCUGCUCUGUGUGUGGCAAAGGAUACAUUCAUGCAUCUGGCCUUUGGUCACACAAGCAAGUUCACACUGGAGAGAAGCCAUUUGUCUGCCCCAUUUGUGGGAAGGGAUUCACUCUUUAUUCCAGCCUUUGGUCACACAAACAAAUUCAUGCUGAGGAGAAGCAAUUUAGCUGUGUUGCUUGUGGAAAGAAGUUUGGGUCUGCAUCCUAUCUCAAUGUACACAAGCGUGUUCACACUGGGGAAAGGCCAUUCACCUGCUCCACAUGUGGAAAAGGAUUCACUCGGUCAUCCAAUUUGCUGAGACAUCAGCGAGUUUAUAAGCAUCUGCAGCGUUUGGAUUCAACUGAUAUUGCUGUUGCAAAUCACAGCAGUGAUAAUUUUUGAGACAAAGUGCUUGACAACGGGAGAUUUGGAAGUUAUUUCUAAACCGAUUGCAAGUACUUCAGCCUCUGCUCUACAGACAAUACAUUACAUCAAGAUUAGAUUGAACAGUAAAGUUCCGCUGGUGCUCCUGAAUGAGAAUGAAUUAGAUCUUCCACUCAGUCAAUAACAAACCAUAACUCUGAGUAAGAGAUGGAGAGCAUCACAACAGUGAGUGGCAAUUGAAUAAGUGAAUAAAGGAUGGAGAACAUUGCAUCAGCGAGUAGGAAUAACUCACAAAGUAAAAGAUUGAUGGAAUAUUGGAUGGCAUAUGCCAUGUGACAUGUGUGGUGUAAUUAACGUGGGAAAAGCAUGGUGAACCUGCCUGAAAGAAUUGGUCCCAGACAUUCUCAGUAACAUAACAACAGAACACCACUGAGUAAUUAUUGUGGAUUGUGGCUGAGAUACCAUUUUAAAUUCUGGAUAUUGACACAUACUCCACAGAGAGAAAAUUGACUGUAAUCCAAUUGGGAGAGAAAUAAACCAAACUAGAUUGUGAAAAUAACCUCAAAGUGGAUGCAGAUCAACAGAGAGGUGGCAAAUCUUUAAAAUCCACAUUGGAACUUUAUUUAAACCAUUUGGAUUUAUGACAUGCAAAUGAUAUAGAAUUGUACGAAUCAAGCUCCAGUUAGGGAGAAUUAAUCAAAGUUGACAGUUAUCACAUUUUACUGGAAAUGUUUUGACAUCUGUUUAUGGAGGCAGCUCAAGGGUUUUUCUGAUUCGAUCAUUGUUGCAGCUAUAGUCUGUUAGUUACAGUACAUAACAAAUAAAAAUAACCAGCUCCAAGUUUCAAACUAAUUGGGUUACUCAGAAAUCUGUUGUAAAAGGUCAAUAAGGAGUUUCCCUUCUCAAGACCUGUAAUAAAUUGUCAGAUGAAAUUGUAACAUUUGAAUAAACAUAUUGAAUAUUAGAGGAAGCUCCCUAUGUCUCACACAGAUGUUGUUCAUCUGAAGACAGUUCUGUAUCCAAAUGGCUAGUUCUCCCUGUAUUCUGUGAGAUCUAACCUUGUUAACUA